AUGAACAGGAUUGAUCGCCUAGCCCGCGCCAUCGCAGACGACGAUGUAGCGAGUGUAAGCGAACAACUCCUUCAGCUUGCCGAACUUGAGAUUACACCGGAGACAAUCGAACGUGUGUUCAGAGCAGUCACGGGCAGUUGGAUACUCGUACAGGCGGCUAUAUUUGAGGCGGUGGAGGUUCUAGAACACUUGCUCGCUUCUAAAGCAUUCGCCUCCAAGCCCAAGGCUGAAGCAGCAUUGUGGAGAGUUUGUACGCGAUACUACUUUUGUUAUUAUCACGACGAAGAGAAAGCCGUCUAUAUCGCAAGAAAGUUGAUCAACCAUGGUGUCGCAGUAGACGCACGGAACGGUCACGGCAUGACUCCGCUGAUGUUGGCGCUGAGGUCGGCGCCGAAAUGGUCUUCGUCGCAUUCGCUGGUCUCGCUGCUGAUUCAGAGUGGCGCCAACGUGAACAGUGUAGACUUGCAUGGAAAGCAGCCGAUUCAGUACUGGAUGGACGCCGUCAAUGAGCACUGUGGUUCCAUGAGGUUGGUGCAAGUGUCGACACAAAGUCUCGAGACAUGCGGCAUACUGCUGGUCGAAGCAGGUGCGAAGACGGACGUCAGGCGUCAAUGGCGUGGCGACAGUCCGUUGCACGUCGCCGUCCGCUUCGGUAUGAACCGCCUCGUUGGCAUUCUCGCACCCAAGACCGUAAAACUUGACUGGAGAACGAUGGUGGCGACACACCACUGA